ACUGGAUGGCAUCCCAUGCUGAUAAUGCCGUCUUGAUUUGGGAUCUCCGCAAUUUUGACCGACCAGUCAUGACUAUUACUAAGCAUGCCUGGACAGGUGUGUCCAAGAUUGCCUGGUCACCUACAAGACGUGGCAACUUGGCAAUACUGGCAAAGGACGCUGCUGUCGUUCGGCUGUUUGACGUUCAGCACGCCCCGUUCGAGGCAGACUUUAUUCAAGGUGCCGACGUCACGGACGCAAUUGUGGAGCAAGUCGUUUUGAAGAAAGGCGAGGGCUUCUUCUCCUCCUUCAACUGGCAUCCGUCGUACAGCAAUCGCAUGUUAGCCGUCAGCGGGUCAGGCGAUAUUCAGGACAUUGAUAUUCCGGAGAAGAUCGCACUGUCCUGGCAGUCUGGCACAAGUCUGGCCUGGUCGUGUGGAUCCACGGUGGCCAACGCUAGAAUACGCACCGUUGGUGAGACAACGCACACAGACGACAACACACUGCUCAAGGAGGAUAUAUCGUCGGUCAUGCGUCAGCGCGCUGUGGACGGCUAUGGGCUCAAGGCUAGUGUCAAUGCACAGAUAGCACGUGGUGAUGCUGCACUAGUAGCGCUGUGGAAGUGGCUAGUCCGGUGUCAAAGACUAUCAGCCAGUGGUGUUCUAUCGACGGGCCGCAUGUCACCCAAGAACGUCAGUAUUCUACACUUGCUGGCCGAUGGUGCUGGAGAGCAACUGCCUGUGUCCAAAACCGUGGCUCCGGACAUUACCGUUAAGCAACACCUCAGCGUUGUCCGGCGGCAAAUUCAGCGCCUCUGCGGCUGGGACUUUGAAGAGUCGAAUCUGGAGGACUUCCUAAAACGUCUGGAACUGAAUAAGCAAUACGAGCGUGCAGCCGCCAUUGCCCUGUUUCACUUGCAACUGAAGCGUGCCGUCGAGUGUCUUACAAACGGAGCCCAUAGUAAAGAUGAUAAAGCCUCUAACCUACAUCUGCUUGCCAUAGCACUGUCCGGCUUCACAACCUCCACGUCCACCUCAAUGUGGCAUGACGUCGUAGGAAGUCUCAAGUCAAUGAUCACGAAUCCCUACAUCUUGGCGGCGUUUGCGUUUCUCUCCGGCGUGUCCACGGCUAGCAAAGUCAGCUCUACCUUCCUGUUCACAAACAGCAGUGUCAGCAGCAAUACUAGCGUCAACAAUUCGCCAUUUGCACCCGUCCUGUAUGAGACGGAUAUCUCAUUGUCUGAUAAGGUAGCGUUCGCCUGCUCCUUCUUGACAGAUUCCCAGUUGCUGGAGUUUCUUCAGAAGCUUGCAAGUCAAAUGGAGCAGGACGGUCGUCUUGAUGGCCUCUUGUUGACCGGAUUGGACGAGUCUGGAAUGCGUCUUCUCCAGGCGUACUUAGACAAGACUGGAGAUAUCCAAACAGUGUGUUUGGUCGUAGCUGUGUGUGGUGGAUUUGAUGACUCUCCACCUGCAGACAGUCAGGCCAAGCAAUGGCUGGAUAACUACCGAGACCUGCUGGACAUCUGGAGCCUGUGGCAAUUUCGGGCUAAGUUAGAUGUGGAGCUCACCCAGAGCGGUGCCUCAAGCUCUAACCCGGCGCAGAAGAUUGCUGCCUGCUGCACGUACUGUAAUCGCUCUAUAGCCUCCGAGUCCGGCAGAGUCAGCAGUGGCUUACCCAACCGGCAGACAGCACCUGCACGUCGAGCUCAACCGAGAGUGACUGCAUGUCCUAACUGCCGUAAGCCACUGCCUCGCUGCUCCCUGUGCUUGAUGAACAUGGGUACGGCGUCCCAGUUUAGAUCUUCUUCAGACGGCAGUUGUCUACGUCCAUCAACAGACAAGAAGAGUAUGUUCAAGGAUUGGAUGGCCUGGUGUCAGAAUUGUCAUCAUGGAGGUCAUGCUGAACACAUGAGAGAAUGGUACCGGGAGCACACGGAAUGCCCUGUAACUAACUGUCGCUGUCGCUGCGCUCAACUCGACGAGAACCUGCUUGGCGGUAAAGCACCGACUGUGACAAACGCUGGCAAUCUCUCCACCUCCAGUGGCGGCGGUGGUGGCAGCGUUACCGGUACUAGCACCAGCACUAGCUAGCGGCACCACAGUUUCAGCUCGGUGACGACACACACACGCUCACACACUAUAGCCGAAGCUGCUGCUGUUCCAUUCGGAGAUACUGAUCGCCGAAACCCAUGAUUAUAAUGCUGAGUGAUGAUGCCCGCGGCAUUCUACCUUCCGUCCGUGUCCUAUUGUGAGUAUUGUCUCCCUCCGUCAUGUGGACCUUCGGUUUCUUGUCACUGUGUCGUGGAACUGGAGAGACUACAGCUUGCUGAUGGCAUAGUGUCCUAGUGUGGAUAUUAGUGGUGUGUGUUUCUUGUCACUGUGCGUCCUGGAAUUGUGUCCUGGAAUUGUGUCCUGGAACUGGAAACAGCAGCUUGCUAAUGUCGUGCCCUAUUCUAGACUCGGCUAGUUCGGUGGGCGCUGCCAUGCAGUGCAUGUGGUGUUUUAACCAAUGGCAAUGGGGGUGAACUCUUCGCUCAAUCUCAACGGAAUCAUGGUCGCAAUGGCAGCUUGCUUUUGCUGCCGGUGCCCGCUACAAUUUAUUUCGGCAAGAGUUAUAUGUACUACUACCACCCACACUACCACCGGAUCUUCUUUCACCACCAGACCUUUUUUAAUUUUCAUGCUGUUGGUGCUGGCACCAACUUUUGCUGUCCCUCCCCCCACCAUCACACACACCUUACUUGUAUUAUUACCCCCCCCCCCCCUUGCACACCACUGCUUGUCUCGUCCUUUUUUUAGCUACUGUUGUCUGCUUUAUUUUGGUGGUUUUAAAACGGUGCACGUGAUCCAACUGACUAGUCUGAUCGGAUUGAUUUCCUUAGCUGCCGCUCUCGUCAUCGUCACUACAUCAGUCUGUUCUGUGUGCUGUCUGUGUGCUGUGCUGUCCACGUGCUGUGUGUGUGUGUGACAUGUCUUUACUCAGCAGCUACCUUCCAAUCUCAUGCAAUGUGUGUCUCAGGCAUUCAUCGUCGUCACAUCAUCACUAGCUCUCUUUUUCAUGUUCUUCAAUACCCUCCGUUUCUCAUCAAACUUUUGAUAUGUACUGUGUUUUUGUUUUAUUUUUGUGUUUAGCUACAGAGUUCUGCUAUAUUUAGCGCUGACUUCAGUGCUGACUUUUGUGCUACUUCGAAGUAGAUAUUUUGCUGUCAGGUGAAAUUUAGCGCUCAAUAUUGCA